AUGGUAACCUUCCAGAGUGGUGCGUUGAGCAAGUUGUGCUCCAAGGAUCAGCAAGAACUUUUGGAUGCCAUCGAUCGUCUCCGUUUGGAGGGCAUCAACAACUAUGUCUCAUUGCCGCAAAUCAUUGUUUGCGGUGAUCAGUCAUCUGGCAAGAGCUCUGUUCUGGAAGCCAUCUCUGGCGUCGCUUUUCCUAUCAAGGCGAACUUGUGCACUCGCUUUCCCACGGAAGUUGUUCUGCGCCGCACCCUCGACAUAAGCGCCCACGUUUCCAUUGUACCUCAUGAAGACGCCAACGCGACUGAGAAAAAGGCCCUAUCUGCCUUCAGGGAGAAGAUGACCUCCUUCGACCACCUGCCGGAUAUUAUCGAGAAGGCCAAGAACUACAUGGGAAUCUCCACGACACAAGGCAAGGCGUUUUCCAACCAUCGCCUUCGCGUUGAGAUUACUGGUCCUGACCGUCCACACCUUACUAUUGUUGAUCUUCCCGGUCUCAUCCACUCGGAAACGAAGAACCAAACUGCCGCGGAUGUCCAGCUGAUCCAAAAAGUCGUCCGGUCUUACAUGAAUGAACCCAGGAGUAUCAUCUUAGCAGUCGUCUCGGCAAAAAACGACUUCGCAAAUCAGGUGGUGUUGAAGCUGGCUCGCGCAGCCGACCCUCCCGGUCAUCGCACUCUUGGUAUCAUCACCAAGCCUGAUGCUUUACAUCCUGGAUCCGAGAGUGAGAAGCAAUACGUCGACCUUGCCAAGAAUCAGGAAGUCGAAUUCCGUCUUGGAUGGCAUGUACUCCGGAACAAGGAUUCCGAUAAGGAAGCCAAGAAUGUUGUUGACCGUGACACCAUGGAGCAACAGUUCUUCACUCAGGGCGCCUGGACUGAGCUUCCGCUUGCCCACCUUGGCAUCGACAAACUCCGUGAGAGACUGAGCAAGGUUCUACUCAAACAAAUUGCCUCUGAGCUUCCCAAUGUGAUGGAGGAGAUCGAGGCUAAGUUUGAGGCAUGCAAUGCUCAGAUUCAGAAGCUCGGUGAUCCUAGGGCGAAGGAGGCUGAACAGCGUCUCUAUCUGUACACGCUUAGCCAAUCUUUCCAGUCACUUGUGAAGGCUGCUGUGGAUGGCACUUACAACCACGACUUCUUCAAGGACGCCAAGACCGACACUGGUUAUAGACAGCGAAUCCGAGCCGUGGUACAAACCCUCAAUGAGAAGUUCGCCGACGAGAUUGCGUCACGUGGUCAUCACUAUGCAAUUGAGACAUACCAUUCCCGCGUUGUUGGUGACAAGAUGGUCUUGAUUUCUGAAGAGAAGUUCAUUGAGCAUAUUGAGUAUCUCUUGAAGCGUACUAAAGGUCGGGAGCUGCCGGGUACCUUCAACCCUAUGAUUGUUUCGGAUCUUUUCCUGGAGCAAGCUCGGCCGUGGGGUGAUUUGGCUCGUCAACAUGUCCAAAGAGCUUGGGAGGCUGCUAAUCAAUUUCUCGAUCUCAUCAUCGCCCAUAUCGCGGACGCUUCGACCUUGAGGACCCUGAAGAAGGAAAUCUUUGGACCGUUUAUGGACGAGAUUCUGGCUGAUAUGAUGGAGGAGGCCAACGAGCUUCUGAUACCACACCAGAGUGGCCAUCCUAUCACCUAUAACCAGUCCUUCACAGAUGCGCUCCAUACGGCCCGAGAGGAGCAGUCGAAGAAGAGGCUGGAAAAGGCAGUACGCUCAUUCUUUGGCGAUCAGUGCACAGCAACAGACAUUACGCUCAGAAAGACUGGGUAUUGCAGCGGCUGCGGGGUCAACUACCCAGGGGGCACCUCCGCAGGCGGCACCAACAUCAAGGAACUCGUGGUUGCACUAGCACGCACCGAACAGAAUCCGGAACGUUUUGCGGCCCAAGAAGCCUUGAGUUGCCUCAACGCCUACUACACGGUAGCAAUGAAGCGUUUCAUCGACGAUGUAGCCGCCCAGGUGAUCGAAGAUAAGCUGAUUGACCCUCUUGAGAGUAUCCUGUCUCCCGUAUCAAUCUUCGGAAUGGACUCCAAGCAGAUCGCCAUCAUCGCCGGAGAAUCCGAAGAUAGCCGUAUUGAACGAGAACAGCUCAACAAGCAACUUACGGUGCUCCAGAAGGGUAUGGACACGUGCAAGCGCUUCACCGGGAUGAAGUUCACUGGUAACUCGCUGUUCGUCUCCUCGGCUUCCGAGGCCAACUCUGCGUCUGGAGCCCAAAAGACGCCUAGCUCGUCAAGUGGUGCAGGCAAGCGGAAGACCAAAGCGCAGAAAGACGAGAAAAAACAGCCACAGAAUGCAGAGACUAGCGCUUGAGCCCGGAAUGUAGACAGCGCCCAGCGAGUGGAACUUACAGUACCUUCAUGGAGGAUACUCGCCUGGCUCCAAGGCAUGACCUCUCGCAGGGAAAUCAACUCAUGGCGCUACCAGGGGGUGAUGCGAGAGACGAGGGUGGAACAACAGGCAAUCAUUGCGCAGAGGUUCAUCAGCUCCGUACCAUAGUUAACAUGGAUUGAGUUUGGG